AUGGAGCAAGCACCGCUGCUGGGCUCCGGGCUUUCGACGCGCGGCUCCUUCACCUCAGAGACCAGGCUGGAUCACGACACCCGGAGGUAUGGCGCCUACGUGGUAGUCCUGCUGAGCAGCUCCCUGGCAAUCGCUGCCGGCCACUGCGGUUGGAACCCGGUUCUUGUCUUCGUCAUCAACUCCUUCGCCAUCACGCUCCUGAUGGCUAUACUGCCCUUCGCGUUUGACGAGAUCUCUGGAAACCUCAGCGAGUCGCUCGGCAGACUGCUGAUGGUGACGUGCGACAAUGUUGUCGACCUGGCCGUGAGCAUCAUCGCGCUCAAGAACAAUCAGCUCGAGAUCGUCAAGGCAUUGAUCAUCGGCUCGGCUCUGUUGAGAAUCCUUCUUGUCAUGGGCAUGUGCUUCUUCUCAGGCGGUGUUGCCAACAUGCGCGACAGCAGUGGCAACGGCGCGGAGCAGUCCUUCGCCCCGGGUACCGCGCAGACGAUGACAUCACUGCUCGGCCUGUCGGCUGCGACCAUGCUCGUCACGAUAGUCAACUCCGCCACCGACAAAGAGUCCGGCCAUCUCACAAUCCUCACAGUGUCUCGUGGGACUGCGACGAUUCUCCUUAUUGUCUACGUGAUAUAUCUCACAUUCCAGCUCGGAAUGCAUCGCAAUCACGCUAGUCCCGAGCUUUGCAUCAAUCCGCCUGCCUCGCAGCACACCGAGGACAACAUUGUCGAUCACCACCAGGAAGACGGAAAUGACGAGGAGGAACGGGAGGAACACAUGGGUCUGUGGUGGGCCGGUGUCGUUCUAGUUGUGAUGAUCACCCUGAUUUUCAUGUGCGCCGGUUGCCUUGUUAGCAGCAUUGAUCCUCUCGUCGACCGCGCUCACGUCAGCAGCAGCUUCGUCGGUCUGAUACUGAUACCAAUCGCUGUCAACCCGACCAGAAUUUUCAGGGGCAUCGUGCUCGCUGUCAGGAACGAGACGGACUCGGCAAUGGACCUUGUCGUCAGCUCCAGCAUUCAGAUCUCUCUUUUCCUUACGCCCUUGCUCGUCAUUAUCGGUUGGGGCAUGGGCCGAGACAUGGAUCUCCACUUCGAGGCUUUCAUGAUUGUCUCAUUUUCGCUGAGCGUACUUGUUGUAGGCUUUGUCCUUAUGGACGGAAAGUCGAACUACCUCGAGGGUGCUAUGUUGAUCGCUCUGUACGUCAUCAUUGCGCUGGCUUACUACUUGACCUCUAGCGAGGACUCUGGGCGCCGCAAACUUGCGCCGUCGUAG